AACAGGGGCGGGAAUAAUCAACAGAAAAUGGCCUUCGUUGAAAUUAGCUUCUUGGACUUGGAGUUUUACGAGAAACUGGGCGGCGGGGCAGCUGGAUCAGUCUACAGAGCAAAAUGGAAGAGCAAGGAUAAGAUAGUGGCAGUCAAGAAGCUCCUGGAGCUAGAGAAAGAGGCUGAGGUCCUGAGCUCCUUGAGUCACAGAAACGUUGUCCAGUUCUUUGGUGCCGUAAUCACAAAACCAAACUACUGCCUGGUGACUGAAUAUGCCGAAUUAGGAUCGCUCUACGAAUAUUUGAGAAGUAAUACCAUUGACUUUAAUCAGAUCAGGCUAUGGGCCAAGCAGAUAGCAAUGGGAAUGAAUUAUUUGCAUUUUGAGGCUCCCAUUCCAGUGAUACAUAGAGAUUUAAAGUCAAGAAAUGUUGUCAUUGCUCAAGAUCUUACUGCCAAGAUAUGUGAUUUUGGGUCAUCAAAGUUCCACAAACACACUACUCAGAUGUCUCUGGUUGGCACUUUCCCAUGGAUGGCCCCAGAAGUCAUUAAGCAGGAGAGAGUGACAGCUGCUUGUGAUGUCUUCUCUUACAGUGUGGUCCUCUGGGAGAUUUUAACUUCAGAGAUUCCUUUCAAAGGACUGGAAGGACUUCAGGUGGCAUGGCUGAUAGUCAAAGGAGAGCCCUCAGAUUAG